UAGGCUUCCAUUGGAAUAAUGAUCAUACAAUCUUUCUAUAUUUAGUUACAUUGUUAGUAAUCAAAGGAUUUGUUGAAGAGUAUAUUCCAAUGGCAAGCAUCAAUGCAUUGACAUGCUCUGCUUCAACUCUAAUGUCCAACAAUCGGGCCUUGAAUGGCCCGUUAGCAAACGGGUUGGGUAAGUUGGGCCCAUGCCCGACUCCGGCGUUGAAGACACCUUCUUCAAGGCCUUCCUUGGCGGUGAAAGCCCAACAAGGAGGAAGUCCAAAGAAAAUUGAACCAAUGCUAGCUGAACAGUUUAACAAAAAGGUUGCUCUUAUUGAUACUUCUCCCUAUGUGCGCACUCCAUGGAACACCAAUGAGGACGAGCACGAGAUCAGGAUGUAUUUCGACAUGCCGGGACUUGCAGCUGAAAACAUCGAUGUAAACGUUGUUGACAACUUGCUUAUCAUCAAGGGAGAUGGCGGUAUUGAUGCUUUUGGUAACAAGAUUUUCAGCCCUCGCGAGACCACAAUUCACCUGCCUUUUAACUCUUGGAAAGAAGAGAUCAUUGCUAUGUUUAAAAAUGGUGUCCUCUAUGUCACUGUCCCUAAGAUCCUCAAAUUUGAACACAAAGUUAUCCAUGUUCCAGUUCGAGCUAUCGUCUAAAAACCGUAAAUUUAAUGGAUGCGUAUGCUGAUUUCUGGGUUUGCCUCAAGAACAGCUACUAGAAUUUGUUAUGAAUUUUUCUUUUCAGUUGUAUCAGACUCUUGUACUUGUUACUUGGAGUACUUAUAAAUAAUAAGACUUUUGAAAGUUUUUUCUCCCUGCCCUCGCUUUAGAGGGGCAUGGGUA